CCGGUACAAUACAAUCAUCAUUGGUAUAUAUAAUAUUGAUGAGACGAUGCAUUCAAGGCCACCAAAACAACAUUGUUGCAUACAUGAUGAUGGUGGUAUUGAAUAAAUCGUUGUUCAUCAUCAUCAUCGAAAAAUAAAAUGAUUGGAUUAUAUGACGCAACGAGGCGCACACCAUCACACACGCAAAUUCGAGUUUUUUGUUUAUUAUUAUUUUAUUGUUUAUAUUGUUUAUAUGAUCGUUGAUAUGUUUUCAACACAGUCACACCACCAUCUUCACUCAAAACCGAUAUUUCAUUUUUUUUUUUUUUUUUUUUUUGUGGUAUUAAAUUGACAAUUCGGUAACUUAUAUAUGAUUCUAUGAUAUCACACAAGAACAACACAACAAGAAAUGUCGAUUCGUGGAAAUAUUAAAAAAGUUCUUUUUCCUCAUAUUGUCAAACAUAUUGUCAUCUCAUUAUGUGGUGCAUCGAUAUUUUUUAUCGGAUAUUUGAUGUUUGAUUUGAUAUCCACAUUGGUGGAUGAAAUUCAAAAUAGCCCUUCGAAUUCGUCCAAUAUGCAUGAUGGUGGCCAUAAAUCCGAUGAUCCAAUGACAACCGGAAAAGUACUAUACUAUUUCCGUAAUUUCUUUAUGCUUAUGUUAUUCGCCUUAAUGCAAUUAUUUGGUCUUGUUGGUGCAUUGAAACAGAAUCGAAACAUUUUGUCUACAUUUAUUUGCUGUCUAAUGGUUGCAUUUGUUAUGAUGGUUAUUGAUUAUCUAACCAAUACUGGUUAUCUGUCAUUGGGCAUAUUUUUUCUUAUUCAAGCAUCGUUUGCCUAUUUAUUGAUGAUUUUAAAUCAAUAUCGUGGUCAUCAAAUUUCGAAUAUACAUUAUAUACCAAUGCCUGAUGAAGAUGUUGGAUCUAUUGGACAUCGGCCAUCAAUUGUAUCAUCAGAUUCAAUGCGUUUUUGAACCACUCACACAUGUGAUAAAUAAUGGACUUAUUACGUUUAAAAUGUUGAUUACAUGAUUUUUUAUUUUAUUUUAUUUUUGAUUUGAUUUUGAUUUUAUUCAUCUUAAUGGCAAUAGAAUAAAAAUGUAUGAUAAACAUGUGAUAAUGGUUGUCAUAGUCAAAA